AUGGCACAAGGCGAAUCGUCGUCGGUAGAACAUGUCGACCGAGCAAAGCAAACUGGAUGGGGACAUUAUGGCGGCAAUCCUCUCGCACAUCAAUGGACCAACGACACCUCCGCGUCAGCUCGAUACGCAGCAUUCGGCGGUGCCCUCCAACCAGGCUUAUACAAAGCACCACAACACAAAUUCGCCAACCCAGCACCGCGUGGACUCGCCGGCUUCGCACUGACAACAUUUCUAUUGUCAUGCAUCAAUCUUGGCACCAGAGGUCUGGCGGCACCGAAUUUGGUCGUUGGUCCUGCUUAUGCCUACGGUGGAUUGUGCCAACUCUUAGCUGGCAUGUGGGAGAUUGCCUUGGGCAACACGUUUGGUGGCACGGCACUGUCUUCCUAUGGCAGUUUCUGGAUCUCUGUCGGGAUCACAUUGACACCGGGUGGCUUUGGAAUUGAAAGUGCGUAUGCCGAUACGGGCGAGUUUUACGCGGCAUUCGGCUUGUAUCUGUUCGGAUGGAUGAUCUUCACGUUCUUUCUGUGGAUCCUCACAUUGCGGGCUACUCUAACGUUCAACCUCCUGCUCUUGACUGUCUGGCUGACCUUCUUGAUGCUGGGCGCGUCCUACGUCGACGCACAGAACGAUCCGGAGGGCAUGCCAGACGUUACUUUGACUCGUGCGGGUGGAGGUUUUGGUAUCGUCGCGGCAUUCCUGGCAUGGUACAAUAUGUUCGCUGGAAUGGCCGAUCGGAGCAAUAGCUUUUUCCUGAUUCCAGUGCUUCAUUUUCCGUGGAGCGAGAAGGGGCGGGAAGCCAGGAAAGCGAAGUUGGAAGGCGAUUCGAAUGAGGAGAUGGCGUGA